GGCAGGAGGAGGAGAGAACUGAGGGAGGAAGUCUCUGAUUCAGUAGCUUUAAAGGUGGUGCAGUUCACGAGAGUGCUGAGAAAGUUGAAGGGUAAUUAAUAUUUUCUCGGGAAAAUGGCAAGUGGCAGUGCAAAGAACAAGGUUGUAGGGGGAGGAGGAGGUGCUGGUCAGGUGCUGGACGGUUCAGAUAUAAUGGAGUUGGUUGAGAAUGAAGAAGUGUUUAGCAGUUUUGUGGAUCAUAAGUUUCAGGAACUGGAUAGGGAUUGUGAUGGUAAGUUGUCCGUGAAAGAGCUGGAACCUGCUGUCGCUGAUAUAGGCGCUGCUCUUGGCCUGCCUGCUCAGGGUACUUCUGCUGAUUCUGACCAUAUCUAUUCUGAGGUUUUGAAUGAAUUCACCCAUGGCAAACAAGAACAAGUAAGCAAGACUGAGUUUAAAGAGGUUCUCUCAGAUAUUCUAUUAGGCAUGGCUGCUGGUUUGAAGCGAGACCCUAUUGUGAUCCUCCGUAUUGAUGGGGAAGACCUGAGGGAGUUCAUCAACAGCCCAAGUUUUGAACCAGAGAUGAUUUCCAUCUUCUCACAGUUUGAUGUGCCUGAAGGAUCACUUCGCGAUUACAUUACCAAGGCUUUGCAACAACUUAGUGUUGAACAAGGAAUGCCACCUUCAACAGAUUCUUGGGUCAUGAGUAACAUUGUGGAGCCUGCUCUGCAAACUGUUGCUGGCUGUGCUCAUGAGCAACCCAUCUCUCAAGAUACCUUCCUAGCAGAAUUCAAAAAGGUUGCAGAAAGUGUGGCUCAACAUCUGGCAGAGCAGCCAGUGAUUGUUGCCCACAGUGAAAACACGUUUGAUGGAAGUGGUAUUAAGAGACUAUUGGCCAACAAAUUUGAAUUAGAUAAGUCAUUGGAAGCAGCAUUAAAGACAGUGCCAAAAGAUCGCAAUGGGAAAAUGUCUAAGGAGUAUCUCCGUGUGGCAUUGGAUGUUGUGGGCCCAUCAGCAGGUUUACCCCCAUAUGGUGGGCUUGAAGAGAUGGACAAGGUAGUGACUGAUGUGUUCAAUAUGGUGAAUGCUGAUGAUGGGAAGGUUGUUAAAGAAGAUGAGUUCAAGAAGUUGCUGACUGAAAUCCUGGGAAGUAUCAUGUUGCAAUUAGAGGGCAGUCCUAUCUCAGUUUCUUCAAACUCGGUCGUGCAUGAGCCCCUUACUUCUUCAACACUUCUGUCACCAUCUUCAUAAUUUCAUGUAUGUAACUUUGGUACUGCAAAUGAAGGGAAUGAAAAAUAAAUGAGCCAUAUAAAAUCUCAUGAUCAGAAGUGAUCACUAGUUUGAGUGAUGUACUGUGCAGUCCACUAGAUUGUGUCCAUGGAGUGAUUUACAAAUGCGAUAGAAGACGAACUCACUCUUGUACUGGUCAGUGGACAGCAACUUUUGUAUGAUUGAACCCAAGAGAUGAAAGGAUUGUCAUGAUCUUCCAAGAGUUCAAGCUAAAACUAAAAAUCUUAUUAGUAUACGAAUAAAAGAUGGAUUGUUGGAUGGUUGUACUUGCAAGACAUAAUGGAAUUCACUUUCUAUGGGAUUAAUUGUUUUUCA